AUGGCAGACCCUCUGUCUGUUGCCGCUAGCUUAGUGGCCUUGGCCACUCUCGCUUUCCAGUCCAGCAUAUCGCUUUACCAAUUAGUUGACAGCUUCAAAAGUUCGAAACGAGUCAUUCGAGAAUUACGAGAAGAGCUAGAGGCGUUAGCUCAUACCCUGGAGGAUCUCCAGAAAGUCGCCGUCGAGAAUGAAACAACAUUGGCUGCUCUGAAGCUUCCUUUGCUUCGCUGUGCGAAAAUCUGUCGAGAUUUUGAAAGCGUUGUCAGGCGAGUUUUUCCAAAAAUGGACCAGCAGGGCAGAGCCUUCCGUGACUGGGCCAAGUUGAAUUACUUAGGGAAUGAUAUCACUGAUGUGAAAAACUCCCUUGCCGGGUAUAAACUGACGAUUUGCAUUGCGCUUGGAGGCGCGACUUUCCAAAAAGCCGCGGUUACUACCAACGUUUUGGAAGAAUAUAAGCAAAUCAUUUCUAAUGCUGUAUCUGAUAUUCAUGAGCACCUCCAUGAGAUCGAUGAGAGAACAAAAGACCUCCAGAUCUCCGGGAAAUCUGGACCGUCUAAACAGAUAACCCUCCUCAAUGAGAUGAAGGAGGAGAAAGAAAGUCUUCAGCAAUGCUUAGAUAUAUGUUCGAAAGUCUCAAGUUUCAUCAGGGAUACAGAGAAUAGCCUUCAACAAAACAGCUCUGCAGAUGGCAAAGAGGAACUUGGAUUGCACGGAAUGACACUACAUGCCUGUUCGCGGACAAAGACUAGAGGCAUUCUCACCGAGUUUCAGGGUCGCAUAGCAAACAAUUCAUCGGAAUUAAAGAAUCGACUGCGAGAAUUGGACGACAAAAUCAGCAUUCUCACUCAAGACAAGUCUGAUGAUCAGGGCGAGAACAUGAAAUAUAUUCGAGACGCCAGGGAUGAAAGAGCCAGCUUGGUGCAGUGCCUUGGUAUUUGCGCCGAUGCUUCAAAGAUGGCCGACGCGGCACGGACAAAUGAACUCGAGGACAUUGUAUCAGACGAUAAUUCCCGCCAGAUCAUCGUGUCUACUAUUGGCGACUUGGUAUCGGCAAGGCAUAUAGUGACAGGAUCUGGGUCGUUGCAGUGUAUUGGACAAAUGUCUGAUGAGACAAUACAGCAUUUGUCUUGGAAGGGAAAUCAGUUUGAGAGCGAAAAGCCAGAUUCCGAGCAGCAUCCUGAUCUGGCUGACGAAUUUAUAUCCCUUGGAGACGAGCUGGAUUCGCCUGUAGAUCGAACAACAAUUUGGAGUUCCACCGAUAAUAUGUUGCCCUGGGAAGCUCAAGCGACACGCCGGCGUGACGCGGACCAGAAAUUCAGCGAGACCCUAACAAGGAUUCGCGCUCAGCCUGGUUUCCACAGCUUUCUUCUACCGCCCACCCUAGAUGAGUUGAAGGCCGCGGCAAAUCCAGAUCCUAUAAUCGUUAUCAAUUUGAGCUCUUACCGCUGUGAUGCCUUUCUUAUCGAGCACACUCGGAUUAGUGUAUUGGAAUUACCUGACCUGAAAAUGGAGGAAGUCCAAGAACGAACCCAAUGUCUUAGGUUAUCUUCCCUCGCAGCCGCUUCCGAUACAAAAUCACUCCUGGAGUGGCUCUGGGAUGCCGUCAGUUGUCCAAUUCUUGGGGCACUCGGUUUCGACGGCACAGCCUCCGAUAAUAAUUGGCCUCGAGUGUGGUGGAUUCCUACUGGUGUGCUUAGCCAGCUACCAGUUCAUGCGGCAGGAUACCAUAGGCGGGAAUCCAGCGAGACAGUUUUGGACAGAGUGAUGUCGUCGUAUGCUUCGUCCAUUAAGUCAUUAAUAUAUGGGCGCCGGCACCAUAUUCGCCAACCAAAAGGACCUCUAUCAGACCAUGCUCUCCUGGUGGCCAUGCACAAAACGCCAGGACUAUCCCAGAAUCAUGUCCUUCCAUAUGCGGAAAAAGAGGUGGAUAUGUUGAAUGACCUCUGUCCCUCACUUCAGCUGAAGCCUGUUAAGACAGCACGUCGCAAAGACGAUGUUUUAAUACACUUACAGGGGUGUAGGAUAUUCCAUUUUGCAGGACACGGGCAGUUGGAUCCAACGGAGCCUUCGCAAAGUCGAUUGCUGCUCGAGGAUUGGACAACCAACCCCUUGACCGUUGGGGACUUUCGCGACUAUAAACUCCAAGACAACCCGCCGUUUCUUGGUUAUCUCUCUGCUUGUUCUACUGGCGCUAACACGGCGGAUAGCCUGGCAGGCGAGGGAAUCCAUCUUGUCAGCGCCUUCCAACUUGCUGGUUUCCGACAUGUUGUUGGAACACUCUGGGAAGUCUCGGAUAAACACUGUGUGGAUGUGGCGAGAGUGCUCUACGAGACGCUGCGGGGCGAAGGAAUGACGGACGUGGCGGUUUGCCGAGGACUGCACCGAGCCAUACGAGAGGUACGCGGCGGGCACAUUGAGACGGGACAGGCGAGAAAGGCCUUUCAUCUGGACUUGGGGGCUCCAGAAAAAGUAUUUCUGAACAGUUACUGGAUUCCCUACGUCCACUUUGGCGUUUAG